UCUUCAUUCGCAUGUAGGACCACUCAGAGUAAAAUACAUUUUCAAAUCCUCAUCACCUCUCGAUAACUACAAUCUAACAACUGCUGGUCUACAGUUACAGUGUUUUGACUGCACACUGCCGACUCUAAAAGAUCAACCAUAUCUGGAGCAAUGGUCACCCCUACAGGUUUUGAUGACUACAGUCUUUACAGUGUCCUGUCAGAUGAGGAGCUGAUGAAGCUGGCCAUCGAUCGCAGCCUCAUUGAGGACAACAACUCUAUUGGGUCAAUUCAAUCAUCACAAUCUGUGGAUCGACAACGCAAUUACCAGCCAAACCAAUUUACGACCCGUGUCAGGCUCCCCUCUGCAACAAGGCACAUGUAUGACUUUCCCCGAGCCAAUCCCAACCCAGCCAACCCACAUCCAAACCCAUCACCUGCAAACCUUCCAUCAGCAGACCCUAUUAUAGAUGCGAGACCCCUGGUGAAUGUGAUCAAGAAUGGUGAUUUAAAGGCUUUGAAAGAGAUAGUGAAAUGCAACCCAAUGAGUCUCUUGAUACCAAAUGAGGAAGGAUGGAUUUCUCUCCACGAAGCUGCAUAUUACGGUCAAAAAGAAUGCCUCAAGAUUAUAUUAAGAGCCCAUCCUGGUAUGGUGAACACAUGUGGUAGUUACAAUCAGACCCCACUUCUUUUGGCUGCCGUCUUUCAACAAGUGAACUGUGUGGAGUGCCUUCUGGACAGAGGUGCCAAUCCAGACAUUGCCAAUAAGAAUGGAGAAACACCACUCAUCAAAGCUUGUGAGAAGUCCAAUGUGGAGAUUGUAGACCACCUCCUGAAGUAUGGAGCCUCAGUACACAAGGCUUGUGUUCAGGGUGUGACACCUCUCCAUGAAGCAGCCGGGCAUGCGAACGUGGAAAUUUGCCAGAUGUUGUUGGAGGCCGGGGCCAAGCUUAAUGCAGUCAAUAAUUACAGGAUGGAACCUUUCUAUAUGGCAACACAGAAUGGGGGAGUGGACGUGUUGCACUUCUUGAUUAGCAAAGGUGCUGAUAUAAACUGCCAGGCAAGGGAUGGGGAAACACCUCUGUAUGAGGCAAGUAAGAAUGGCUACAAGGAAGUUGUGGAACUGCUUCUAUCUCAUAAAGCAGAUGCUAACCGAGCAACCAAGUCUGGCCUCCUGCCUCUUCAUAUUGCUGUCCAGAAAGGACAUUUUGACAUUGUGUCCAUGCUGAUCCCUGCCACCAGCAAGGUCAAAGUUCAACGCAGUGGCAUCAGUCCCCUCCACCUGGCUGCCGAGCACAACCGGGACUGGAUCCUGGAGAUCCUUAUCGAGGCAGGCUAUGACGUCAAUUUCCAGCUCGCAGAAGACCGAUCGAAAAUGUAUGAGGAUCAUCGCAGCACAGCACUCUACUUUGCUGUCUCCAACAGCAACCUAGAGGCCGCUGAAAUGCUUCUGGAUGCAGGCGCAAAUCCCAACCUUGACAUGUUCAACCCUCUUCUUGUCGCUGUGAGGCAGGGUUACAUGGAAAUGAUCACCGCUCUGGUGGAGCAUGGAGCUAACAUGAAUGCGUCCAUCCCCACACACCCCUGCUCCUUCCCGGCAGUGGUCAUGCUCGGUAUGAAGUAUCUGCACAUCCUGAACUAUCUGAAGUAUCUGAUGUCCAAUGGCUGUGAUGCCCUUUCCUGUUUUGAUUGCACAUAUGGCAGCAAGCCACACCCACCCCUGAAAACUUCAAGAAGGGUCAGCAUCUUCGGCGAAACUGUGCGCUACGUUACUGAUGAGGACGAAGCUCGACGCAACACUUGCGUCCAGUUCUGUGAGGCAAUCUCCGAUCCGACAAUUAGCCGCUGGGCAGGACCCAUCAUAGAUGUGCUCCUGGAUUACGUUGGCCAUGUAAAACUCUGCUCCCGGCUGAUCGAGAACCUGGAUAGCUACCGUGACUGGGCAGGAAUCAAGGUGAAAGCAAUGCCACCACAUUCACUGAUGCAGUUGUGCAGACUGAAGAUCCAUCAGCAGGUUGGAAUCCCCAGACUGAGGCACAUUGACACCCUGCCCCUCCCACCAAGACUAAUCGAGUUCCUCAACUACAAAAAGGUAAAUUCACAGGAUGUCUAGGAAUUUAUUUUUGUUUUGUUGACUCUAAGUUCACAGAUUCCGUGACUUGUUUUCAAUAAAUGUGAUUGUUUUGCAUAUUGUAAGCCAGUUGAGAUGAAGGGGGAAUGUUUCUUUGCACAGUUGUGUACUGCAUAAUAGGCUUGAUUUGAUAUUACAAUGGCAGGAGUAACAUUCAAAUGAAUCUACUGUAAAUGAUGUGUAAAUGAUGUGUAAAUGUAUGUACUUGCAGGUAUUUGGGUUUGGUUAGCAAUAGCAACUCUGACUCUUAUUGAUUACUAAAUUAAUUGUUUACCCUGCGCAGUGAGAUUUUAUUUUACUAAAGUACAGGGAAGUUGCCUGUAUCAGAAAAUAAACCACAGCUUGGAAUGCUUCUCAGGCAAUCAGAUUGUUUGGCUGGAACUAUCCGUUAUAUAAUUGAAUAUAGUGAUUUCAGUACUGUAUUGUGUACAAAGGUCUGUUGCCACAGGUGGGUGGAACUAUUUCAGUUUUUAAUGUAAAAAAAAAAGUAAAUGUUUCUAUGAAUAUUGCAGAUUUAUUGACAGAUUUAUUAUGACUCAUGUAAUGCUAAUGAUAUCAUCAGUACUUGCUUGAA